CCACUGCCUGACUGGCAGAUUCCAGUUAGCACCUUAUCAGUGCAGAGGCUGAUCCUGCGUUUGCUACGGCAACCCAGAGCACCAGAGACAGCGGUGGAGAGGGGAGGGCAGUUUUGUAACCAGGGACGACAGCAGCAACACCGCCACUGGGCUCCAGCGAGGAGGAGCGAGCAAGAGAGAACGGGUAGGAAGAAGGGGAGAAGGAGAAAAGGCUGUCUGGAGAGAGGCAGAGAGGAAAAAGCUCCACGAAUUUUCCGUUUCUGUUUUGCAAAAAAAAGGAAAGGCAAGUGAGCUUGGCGAAAUCUCGUCAUUUUUUUUUAUUUCAGGAGGGCCCUGCUGAAACAUUAACAAAACGACCUUCCCUGUUUCACUGGGAAAUAAUAAUUAUAAUAACGAAAGGUUAUUUUCUCUGUCUUCUCACUCCCCACCUUCCCCUUUUACACCAGCCGGUAUGGAGGGAGACGACCGCCUCGCCAUCUGCUUGUGACUGUUUUGCAGAGCUGAGUUGUGGAUGCCAGAAAAUAAGGGGACGUAAACCUCCUCUGGGACUCCGGACACUGGAAUUGCAGCUGAACUUAUAAAGCUUAUUACCCCCUUGUUUCUCUUUCUCUCCCCCUCUCUCUUCCCCCCUUCCCCCCCACCUCUUUCCACCCCCCCCCAUUUUUUGGGGUGUGUGUUAGCGCUACUUAGAGGAAAUCGGAAGGGUCCGGUUUGGCUUUGAAACUGAGACAGUUCCUCUGUCGUCCUCCACCCUUCACAUCGGAUCUCUCUGCCCACCCCACUGGCUUCCUAUAUGCUUCUCCGCUAAGUGCAGGAAGGGGCUUUGAGAGAAAUUUAUGCCCUGUUAAAAAGUCCAGUGGACAAACCUUGCCAGAUCGAGAUGGGGAAAUCGAACAGCAAGUUGAAGCCUGAAGUUGUGGAAGAACUGACGAGGAAGACAUACUUUACGGAGAAGGAGGUCCAGCAGUGGUACAAAGGCUUCAUCAAGGACUGCCCCAGUGGGCAGCUGGAUGCUGCUGGGUUCCAAAAGAUCUACAAGCAGUUCUUCCCCUUUGGGGACCCGACCAAGUUUGCCACAUUCGUCUUCAACGUCUUCGACGAGAACAAAGAUGGAAGGAUUGAGUUUUCCGAGUUUAUCCAAGCCUUGUCGGUCACUUCCCGGGGGACGUUGGAUGAGAAACUGCGGUGGGCCUUUAAGCUGUAUGAUCUUGACAACGAUGGCUACAUCACUAGGAAUGAGAUGCUGGACAUUGUUGAUGCCAUUUACCAGAUGGUGGGGAACACUGUGGAGCUCCCUGAAGAGGAAAACACCCCAGAGAAGCGGGUGGACCGGAUUUUUGCCAUGAUGGAUAAAAAUUCAGAUGGAAAACUCACCCUGCAAGAGUUCCAGGAGGGCUCCAAGGCUGACCCUUCCAUUGUUCAGGCGCUCUCCCUCUAUGACGGACUCGUAUAGCUUGCAGUCUUAUGCUUUGACACACCUGAAGGAACCCCCUUCCAGUGCCAUCAAACACCCACCUCAGACCAGACUCUCUCGCCUGACGUAUCCCAGCCCCUCAUUGCGCUAAAAACGUGGGAGAGGCGUGUGCUUGGAGCGUGACGUCAACCCAACCACUUUGUGCUCAAAAACCAGCUCGUCAUCUCCAUUUGCCAGCGUCUGCAUUUAACAACGAUUUAAAAAGAAAAGAAAAGCGGGGGCGGAGGAGGAGGAGGAGGAGAAAGCAACGAUGAAGAGGAUGAUGAAAAGAUAAGCGCCAUUUCCUUGGGGCCAUGAAGAAUACUCUCACAUGUUAAUAUUCUGUUUUGUUUGUUUCGAAUGGAUUAAGAACGAGCACCAUUUUAAAAUAUCUCUUACUGGUUGGGGGGGGGGGGAAGAAUCAUGCAGACUGGAGAUUUAGGGUCCCAUUAAGACGUCUUGUGUCAGGGCGCCACUGGACCGGCCUGGAACUGUCAGAGUGGAUGGCUUAAUCGCAGCUAAGCUUUUGCUUUUAAAAUCCUGGGGGUGUCGCACGUGUGUGUGUGUGUUAAAAAUCCAUUUGAAAUUGAUGUCCAUCCUCAUUUGGGUUUGUGGUUCAAAUUGCAAUGCUACACACACACACAUUAUUAUGAUGAUGUGACAUUGUUAUUGUACGCUCUCAUUUUGUGUGUGUGUGCGUGAUGGAAAAGUGAGACGCUUUUUCUUCUUUUGAAUGACCUCUGAACAAUCGGUAGCUAUUUAUUUGCCGUUUUGUGUGUGUCAAAGCUGCUGUAUAAUUUUUUGUCUCGUGUCUCAGAAAAAGAACAAAAAAAAACUCAUGCUGCAGGGGUGUUGUCCCUCACAGAAGAAACCUAAGCCAAAAAGAAGAAAGAAAGAAAGAAAGAAAGAAAGAAAGAAAGAAAGAAAGAAAGAAAGAAAGAAAGAAAGAAAGAAAGAAAGAAAGAUCCCCACAACUUAUAUAUGUCUGCUAUGCUGCCUGGCUGGGGUAGAAGGGGGUCAAUGUGCCCUCUGAUUAUGUUGUCUUUCGUCCAUCUAUUCAUCGCCCUACCCCAAAAGGCCCAAAACCUCUUGCUCUUGGCAGGCCUUGCAUCUGGGACUUGCGAUGUCUGCAGCACCCCCUCUGAAUGCUGUCUCCCCACCUCUUUUGUAUUUCUUUAUUUUCUCUCCCCCGCCCUGCAUUCAUUUUGCCAUUUUGCCUAUAUUGUAAAAGAGGAAUGAUGAAACAAUCCAGUAACCCCAAGUUUUUUUCCUCUCUCUCUGCAUGAAACUAAAGAAGUGUUAAUGUGGCCAAUCUUGUUGGAGCUUUUAAAAAAAACAACGACAACAAAAACACAGUUCUUUCUGAAAGGAAGUAAUAAGAAUGACGAUGGUGAUAAUAGUACCUCUGUUUUUGUUUGUUUGUGGGCGUUUGGAUUCUUACUUGUUGUUGAGAGCAUACAAUCUUUCUCUAACUCUCUUCUGUUUUAAGGCUAAUAUUGCCACUGGGGAAUUUAAGCUAGUUCCUCUAAAUACUUUUAUGAGUUUCCUCAGAAUUCUUUCCUCAGAAUUAGCCGCGACCUCACUUUGGGCACAACCCUAUAAUGACAUGGUGGCAAAUGGAUCCUGUGGGAGAAAAUUCACUUUAGGGGUUCAAUACAGAGGCUCAAACCAGAUUCUCAAUUAGACUUUUGCCGUACUUAGUAAUGCAUUACAGGUCAGAUUCAAAAAAGUCUGUGAGAACGUUCCAUUAUGAAACAUACUUUAUUCUGCCCUCUUCUUUCACCCCAGCACCUCAGCCAACCAUAGUCAUUGGAAAAUGUCGCCCAGCCCAAUUUGUACUUGCAGAGGCCUCUUUGCAUCUUAUCUGGAGCUCUUUUUUGUUCUAACUUUCAACUAGGCCCCUCCAAAAUUGGUUCUUACUCAUUUUGUGGUCAAGCCAUAAUCCUGUGCAUGUGAAGCUGGCUUCACUAAACAUAGAUUUCAACUUCAAUUCCUCUAAUAAAUAAUUGUUCCUUCUUGGGUCAGAGAAGGGGAACCUGUGCCCUUCUGAAUGUUGCUGGAGUCUGACUCCCAUCUUCCUUGACUAUUGGCCAUGCUUGCAGGGGUUGCUGGGACUGGUAGUUCAGUAUCAUUUGCAGGGCGACAGGCUCACAUCUUGUGUCAAGGAUAAAUUCCCAACUCCAGGCCUAGUCCUGUUCCUGCCAUUGCUACUGUGGAGCUCCAAAUUCCAUACCUGCCUAGGGAGCAGCUAACAUGAAUGGCUAACAUGAAACAGAACAAUUUUAUAGCUGACUGGUCAUGUGAGACAGGUAACCUGUUGCUGGAUUACAGAUCCCAUCAGUCCCAGCCAGUACAGCCAAUGGUCAGGGAUAAUGCAGGUUGUUGCCCAGCAACAUUGGAGGGCAGCACAUUGUAUAUACCUGAUGUGAAGAGUCUGACUUUCUUCUCAGGAAUGGGACAUUUUCAGUUCUGGGCCUCUAUUUGGAGAUGUUGCCUGCUCAGAUCCUGUAUGUAAUCCUGGAAGAUUGGAAGGCUCCUCUUUUUCCCCAUGAGGGUAUAAUCAAGCUCUGGGUUGAUCCUGACUGGAAAGUGGUGGGAUGUGAUAGUUCUCCGAGAUCAGCUGCUGCCCCGCCCAAGAAUAGUUGUAGCUGUCAUAUAAGCAAAAACUAUUAGAAGGUACCCCGAUCUGGAGGUAGGGUGGGGAUUGCAAACCUGUCCAAAACAGGCAACUGACCUAUCUCAUGCACCCACAGGGCGUCCAUCUUGCUAGGAUUCAGCUUCAGAUUGUUGGCUGCCAUCCAGCCCAUCACCUCAUCCAGACGCCAGGUCAGGAUUUGAAUGAUUCAGAUGUUACAGGGAGAUGGUGGUGGAUGUCAUCAGCAUAUAGAUGAUACCUCACUCCAAACCCCCUAAUGACCACACCAAUAGGUGUUAAAAGAGCAUAAUGCAUAGUUAAACUAUGGAACUUGCUCCCACAAGAGGCAAUCCUAGUCACUGACUCAGGUGGCUUUGAAAGAGGAUUGGGAAAAUUCAUAGAGGAGGAGAAUGAGACUAUCAAUGGCUACUAGCCACAGGGGCUCUGCUCUGCCUUCACAGAUGGAGGCAGCAAUGCUUCUGAAAGCCAAUUACUGAAAACAGCAGGUUGGGGGGACUGCUUGAGUCCCCCAAUUCAGACAGGGACGAGAACAUUAUUU